AUGCUGCGUAGGGGAGAACGCACCGCAUCGGGAGGGAAUACCUGCGUUUGCGAAGAGCCGGAUCCGUGUUUGGGCCGUGUGCCAGCUGACUGGGUUACAGAGCCGCCAGGAGACGAGGACGUUAUGGGAACAGGCUGUGACCAAGCUGAGCUGUGGUGCUUGGGCGGCAGGCUGGGCAGCCCACGAGGGGCUGCUUUGGGUUGUAGAGGAGCACAAGUUGAAGAAAUAUGGAGCUUGGAACCAGAGAACUUUGAAAAAUUGAAGCCGGUACAUGGGCUGAUUUUCCUCUUCAAGUGGCAGCCUGGAGAGGAACCAGCAGGUUCUGUUGUUCAGGAUUCCAGACUGGAUACAAUAUUUUUUGCUAAACAGGUAAUUAAUAAUGCUUGUGCUACUCAAGCCAUAGUAAGUGUACUAUUAAAUUGUGCUCAUCAAGAUAUCCAUCUAGGAGAGACUUUGUCAGAAUUUAAAGAAUUUUCACAAAGUUUUGAUGCCGCGAUGAAAGGUUUGGCAUUAAGCAACUCAGAAGUGAUUCGGCAAGUUCACAACAGUUUUGCCAGACAACAGAUGUUUGAAUUUGAUGCGAAGUCUUCAGCAAAAGAAGAAGAUGCAUUUCACUUUGUAAGCUAUGUUCCUGUUAAUGGACGGCUAUAUGAACUAGAUGGCUUAAGGGAAGGACCAAUUGAUUUAGGUGCAUGCAAUCAAGAUGACUGGAUAAGUGCUGUACGACCUGUCAUAGAGAAACGUAUUCAAAAAUACAGUGAAGGUGAAAUAAGGUUUAACUUGAUGGCUAUUGUAUCUGACAGAAAGAUGAUAUAUGAGCAGAGAAUUGCAGAAUUACAGCAGCAACUUGCAGAGGAGGAGCCCAUGGACACAGAUCAAAGUAGUAAUGUGUUAAGUUCUAUACAAUCAGAAGUUGCAAAAUACCAGAUGUUAAUUGAAGAGGAGAACCAAAAAUUAAAAAGAUAUAAGAUUGAAAAUAUUAGAAGAAAACAUAACUACCUGCCUUUCAUCAUGGAAUUAUUAAAGACUCUAGCGGAGCAUCAACAGUUAAUACCAUUAGUAGAAAAAGCGAAAGAAAAACAGAAUGCCAAGAAAGUUCAGGAGGCCAAGUGAAGAUGACUUUGCAAAAUGCGUACAAUUAUGUGCUUCUGAAACUAUUUUCAUGACAACAAAUAAAACUUUUCAUAAACUUUAAAUUUUGUCCAGCGCACGUUUGACAAUUGUAACAGUUUGUCUUGUACUGUAUGCACGAGUCUAAUUUUCUUCCUUCACCUGCAUCUUGUGCAUGUAGUACUGCUAAGUAAUGUUUGGGUUCUCUUGGUCAAAUUCAGUAUUUAAUAGUCUAUCUGAUUUUUGAAAGCUUGGAAGUGAACCUAAAAAUGUGCAAGGAAAAUGUACCCAUUUUGUCCCACUUGAAUAUAUGAUAAUGAUACAAACGCCAGAGUUUAAGUAUAAGCAUGAGCUUUCUUUGCUCAUCCCUACUAACAGUUAUAAUGCUAUCCGAUUGUUCAGUGACAUACCCUGUAUCUUUGUUUUUAUGAAGUAUGUGUCUAAUUUUUUUACAAAAUUGAAAAGUAUGGAUUUAGCUGUAGAAACAUUUGCAAAGACCAAUGUAUAAUCUCAAAAGAUCAGCAUUGCUUUAGUAGAAAAGAUAAUAAAUAUUCCCAUUUUUAUUUUGGCAAA